CUUCUCUCACGUUUGCUUUGUGGGAGUGAUGCGGUCCCUCCGCGCCGUCGAGCUCUUUAGAGAGCUGAACCCACAGCUCCCAAGGGCCACGUGUGUGGACAUGCCGCUCCGGACCUGCAGUGACGUGGCCUACAACCAGACGACCUUCCCCACCCUGCUGGAGCACCGGUCCCGGGAGGCGGUGGAGUCCAGCUCCGAGUACAUCCUGCUGAGCGUCCUGCACCACCUGCUGGAGGGCCAGUGCAACCCCGACCUGCGGCUGCUGGGCUGCGCCGUGCUGGCCCCCCGCUGCGAGGGCGGCCGGGUGCGCAGGCCCUGCAGGCACGUGUGCGAGGGGCUGCGGGCAGCCUGCCGGCCCGCCUUCGACGCCAUCGACAUGGCCUGGCCCUACUUCCUCGACUGCGGCCGCUACUUCGCGAGCGUGGAGGAGGGCUGCUACGACCCCCUGGAGAAGCUGCGAGGAAGGUGUGAGGAGGAGGGGGAGGUGGGGGAGGGGCUGGAAGGGGGGGCGGCCAACAUCUCCUCCCGGCAGCUCUUUGUGGGAACUGGAUUCUGGAACUUCUGGAAUGUACACGGAUGCUGUUGUCCUGGGGUCCAGGCCAGGAGAGGGCCAGAGACUUGGCCUCCAGGGGCGCACGUGUCUCUACUGGAAAUCGGCUCAUUCCUUACCCACCGAGGGGCCCACAGGACGGAGCGCAUGUCCGACUUCAACUACCUGCACAGCAACUGCUUCGAGAUCACGGUGGAGCUGGGCUGCGUCAAGUUCCCCCCGGAGGAGGCCCUCUACACGAUCUGGCAGCACAACAAGGAGCCCCUCCUGAACUUCGUGGAGAUGGUGCACCGCGGCAUCAAAGGUGUGGUGAUGGACAAAUUUGGCAAGCCGGUCAAAAACGCCCGGAUUUUGGUCAAGGGCAUCCGCCAUGACAUCACCACAGCCCCAGAUGGCGACUACUGGAGACUGCUACCUUCGGGGUCCCACAUCGUCAUAGCUCAGGCCCCCGGCUACUCCAAGGUCAUCAAGAAGGUCACCAUCCCUGCCCGGAUGAAGAGGGCUGGCCGUGUGGACUUCAUUCUCCAGCCUCUGGGCACCGGACCCAAGAAGCUUCUCCUCGGGCUACGGAGAAAUGGGUCUGGGCCCCGAGACCCGCCGGGAGGUGCCAGCCCAUAUGGGGAGCCCGAGGAGCCGGGCUGGGAGCCCCUCGGGGGACGGAGGCAGCCCUCUGAGGGUGGGAGCAAGCCGUGGUGGUGGUCCUACUUCACGUCCGUGAGUCAGCACAAGCCGCGCUGGCUGCUCAAGUACUAGCCUCCCCCCACCCUCUGGCCCAGAGGCUCCAGGCUCUUGAUUUUGUCUUCAGAAGACACCCUGUAAAGCUGUUUCUGUUUUAUUAAAGUCGUUUUAUUUACUGUC